AUGCGUGACAUAUUUGGCUGUAUUGAAAACUAUCGGGCGCAGUUCGUUGAACAAAUGAUAGCACAGAACAUUGAUGCAAUUCUGUGCCCUGCAAUGGCGGUAUACCCUAUGAAAAAGGGAAUACCUAACAAACUGUUCGCGGGUUGCUGCUACAACGCGAUUUUCAAUCUUCUUGACUUCGCUGCUGGCGUUGUACCAUUUACGAACGUCAACGAAGACGAUGAGAAGGCAUUAGUAUCCUAUCCAGAGAAGGACCCGUGGGAUAAACUAAUCAAAACUGACUCCAAGGGAUGCGUUGGUCUGCCAGUUGGAAUACAAAUAGCCGUCCCUCCGUAUAGGGAAGAGAUCGGCCUUCGCCUUUUGAAAGAGCUUGAAAUGAAUCGACCAAACAAAACGAAC